ACGCAGAACCGCUCCAGGCCACCACUCCUACCGCAUUGCCUGGGCCAACAGAAUCCAAAGAGACCACUCCCCUCAAGGGCAAUACGAUGGGCACCGGGCAGAACUUGUAAAAAUAACUACAAAGUCACUACAGAGUCGUUGCUAUUGAUGAGAAUAGCUCUGCCACCCCUCAGGCAAAGGCAUCCAGCUACCCUGCUACCGCCCCCUCCACCCGUCAACUUUGGAUGGUUCAACCACUUGGCUUUGGCAUUAAAACGUACAAUUCCAGCCACCCGGAGGAAGCGCUUCAAGCCACAAGUCGCAGAGCAAAGAAAGAUGAGCAAGAGACACAAAUUUCUCUCUCUCUCUCUUUUUUUUUUUUUUUUCUUUUUUAAAUUGCCUGCAGGAUUCGCAUAUUCGGAGACCGCUGCGGAUUUGGGGAGCUGCGGCCCUGGCGUGCGCCGAGUUCAAGGGUCUCUGGUUCUUAGCUCAGAGUGUCCGGCGGCCACAGAACCGCGCGGGUCCAGUCGUCGCGCCCUGCUUACUGGUGCGCCCUCAAAGUCUGCCAAGGCGUGGCGCCCAUUUUUGCUCUCACAACUGGCGCCAAGCCGAGAGCCGGGGCUCCAAGGGUCGGACCAAGGGGGCAGAAGGAGGAGGGAGCAGCAUUCCGGUAUUAGCGCCAAGUCGAGAAAGAAAGAAAAGAAGGCGAGCAGCGAGCUGCAGUUUGCUGCACACCCGCCACCAGAGACAUUUCAGACAGAAUUAAGCCUUUUGAAGUCGACCACUUACUGUGGUUUAAUUGACACUGUUCAACUGAGUGACAAUUGUUCAGUUGGAUGGGGGCGAUACACUCCCCGCUUAUUUUUUAAUACGCAAAAUAAGAUUUGACGCCUUG